CUUCACAUAAUAGAGGGAAAGUUUGACUCUUCGGCUGUACACACACACACACACUCAUGAACACACACACUCUCAAAGUGAGUACUGAACAUUACCCCAUCGUUAAUUAAUGUCCAAUAACAUCUAGUCCCCUGACCACAAGGUGACCGCUCACAUGCCAGAGUAAAAAAAAAAGUUCAUCCACGCAUCAGAUUUCCGUACUAGUGCAUCAACCAUUAACCACUUGUGCAAUGGAUCGGAACACAGCAAUUACACUAUAUAAACAUUCCCUGACGUUUCCAAGAAAACUUUCACUAGAUUUUCUGAGAAGACAGCUCUCUCUUCCAAGAAAGGGAUCCAGCAAACACAUUGAUAAAGUCUUGCAUCUCGAGUGUGGUCAUCUUCAUCCUCAACAACAUGCCUUCCCUCCCCACUGGUAAAGAGGUGCAUGACAUCUCGGAGGCCAAGCCCAAGGGUGAAGGUGAACCCCGCAAGUGGGCCCGCACGCGCUACGACCGCAACUGGCUCCCCUGCGUUGCCGAGUUUUUCGGCACGGCGCUCUUCGUCUUCUCAGGCUGCGCCUCGGUCAUUGAGAACUCACCUGGCACGGGCCGCCUGCAGCCCGCCUUGGCUCAUGGCAUGGCACUCUCCAUCUCCAUCGCCAUCACAGCCGGAAUCAGUGGGGGCCACAUGAACCCUGCUGUGACCUUAGGGGUCACCAUAGCAGGAGGUCUGAAAGUCAUCAUGCUUGUCCCGUACUGGGCCGCUCAGUUCUGUGGGGCCAUGGUGGGUGCUGGUUUUGCCAGGGCUGUGGCCUCCUCACAUGAGAACUUCGUUAACUCGUCGGGUGGAGCCUUUGACGCCAUUAGGGAUGAGGAUCAGGUGGGCAGAGCUCUGGUGGCGGAGAUCGUCAUGACGUUCUUCCUGGUGCUGUCAGUCUGCCUGAGCGCAGUGAACCAUCAGAGUAAAACGCCCCUGGCCCCCUUCUGCAUCGGACUCACACUCUGUGUGGGCAUCCUGGGAGCUGGAGCUGUGUCUGGUUGUUGUCUGAACCCAGCUCGUGCCUUUGGCCCAGCAGUGGUGGCAAACCACUGGGCCUACCACUGGGUCUACUGGGUGGGCCCACUCACCGCUGGGUUACUGGUUGGCAUCCUGCUGAGGACACUGUUGGGUGACCCCCGAACAAGACUGAUCUUCAGAAAGAGAGGGCCUUCACCCUGAACGAAGCCAACAACGUCCCUCUUCAGAUCUGUCCAUCAUUUCGCUCAAUUAUCACUCCUUUCACACAUCAUUUUUAUCUGUGGGCUCACAUCUGCAGCAGAAUAUGCAGUGACAUUUGUUCUCAUGAGAAUGGUCCAAGUUAAUGGUUCAGGUUAUAUUUAGCCCUGUUUGUUGUGUUGUUUGUUUGGAAAUGCUUUGUUUGUUUCUCAGACAAUUACUGUGUACAUUUCAUUUAUGCUCUUAUUGGGAUAUGAGUUGUAUCUUUCCAGUAGUAGGUUUUUUUUUUUUUUUUUUUAACUAUU